UGAGCCCAGCUCAGACCAGCUCAGAUGCGAGCAAUGAACGCUUCAUGCUGCCUGUUCUCUGCUCAGCCGACGCUGCCCAACGGCUCCCAGCGCCUCGCAGCCCCUUCCUUCGGCAACCAGAGCGGCAGCGGCUUCUGUGAGCAGGUCUUCAUCAAGCCCGAGGUCUUCCUGGCUCUGGGCAUCAUCAGCCUGCUGGAAAAUGUCCUGGUCAUCCUGGCCGUGGUGCGCAACGGCAACCUGCACUCGCCCAUGUACUUCUUCCUGUGCAGCCUGGCCGCGGCCGACAUGCUAGUGAGCGUGUCCAACGCCCUGGAGACCAUCAUGAUCGCCGUGGUCAACAGCAACUACCUGACCUUGGAGGACCGCUUCAUCCAGCACAUGGACAACAUCUUCGACUCCAUGAUCUGCAUCUCCCUGGUGGCCUCCAUCUGCAACCUCCUCGCCAUCGCCGUGGACAGGUACGUCACCAUCUUCUACGCGCUCCGCUAUCACAGCAUCAUGACGGUCGGGAAGGCGCUGGCUCUGAUCGCAGCCAUCUGGGUGUGCUGCGGGGUCUGCGGGGUGGUGUUCAUCAUCUACUCCGAGAGCAAGACGGUCAUCGUGUGCCUCAUCACCAUGUUCUUCGCCAUGCUGCUGCUCAUGGGCACCCUGUACGUGCACAUGUUCCUCUUCGCCCGGCUGCACGUCAAGCGCAUCGCGGCGCUGCCGCCUGCCGACGGGGCAGCCCCACAGCAGCGCUCCUGCAUGAAGGGGGCCGUCACCAUCACCAUCCUGCUGGGGGUGUUCGUCUUCUGCUGGGCCCCCUUUUUCCUCCACCUGGUCCUCAUCAUCACCUGCCCCACCAACCCUCACUGCAUCUGCUACGCGGCGCACUUCAAUACCUACCUGGUCCUCAUCAUGUGCAACUCGGUCAUCGACCCCCUCAUCUACGCCUUCCGCAGCCUGGAACUGCGCAACACCUUCAAGGAGAUUCUCUGCAGCUGCAGUGCCGUAAACUUGAACUUGAACUUGAACUUGGGGUAGGACUCCAGGCCAUACAAUGGUCAUCAGCGGGGUCC